GUGAGGGGUCCAUUCCGUUUGGUCCAGGUCCAUCCAACAGUCCAUACCGAUCCAGUCCAUUUUGAUAACCUUAAAAGAUAUAUUUUUGUGUAUUUGAAUUAUGUGGCGUAGAUUAAAUUUUGAUUAAAUAUUAUCAGUUAAUUUUUAAAACUAGAAACGAUACAAAAUGGCCUUCAACAUGUUGUGGUGAGGAAAUGGCAUAUUCAUUUAUUAUUCAAACAAACGACAAAUUAACUAAGACUAUGGUUAGCGGUCAAAGAUUUGAUUGUAAACAUCUACAAUUAAUUGAUAAAUAUAAACUUACUGACAAAUACAAAAUUAAACAAGAAAUACCAUUGAAAAGGCCAGGAAGUAAAGGUUUUACGUUUGUUACUGCUUCAGAUAUCCCAUACUAUAAUCCAAUGAAAAAACUUUUAUAUAAUCUGAAAAAACAAUUUGGUUGUUCUCAAAAAAUUAUUGUUUAUGAUCUUGGGGGUGUUAGUGAAGAUAAGAACAAGAUGGAAGAAUUAAAUGCAGUUUGUGGACUAGAAUGGCGAAAAUUUAAUUGGAGCAUUAUGCCUGCGGAUCUUCGUUUUCCGCGUGUUUAUGCAUGGAAAUUUUAUAUUUUAGUAGUAUUUACAUAA